UGGACCAGGCACCCUGCCCCCUCCCCAACCGCCGCAUUCCAGGCCUGAACAGUGCAUGAGGUCAUCCUGUCCGGGUCCCUUCGGGCCAAGGCAGCCGCUGCCCCCUUCCCCCGCGGAGCGACCCUCCGCAUUCUACCCCUGCCUCCCAGAGGGAAUGCUUUGUGGCUACAGUCUUUCCCGGACUUCCAAUCCCGAAGGCCUUUGAGAUUGUUCUGUUCUUGCCGAACCAUGCGAGACCCGCGGAGUGUGAAGCCCAUUUUCUGGGCCGGGAAACUGAGGCUCAGAGAGGCGAAAGGACUGUCCCAGAGGCCGCAGCCGCACGAAAGGCGGCGUGGGGCCUGGAAGCCGGGCGUGGGGGAGACUCGGCCCGCAGCCGCUCCGCCACGCGGAGUCGACGGCUGAUUCAGCUCUCACUUGGGCUGAUGCCGGCAAGCAGCUUCUCUCCUCCCCUUCCUCCUUCCUCCCCCUGGCCCGUGGUGCCCCCUCCUCCUACCCCCUCAGAGUCCUGAGAACCGGGUCCCCGCUGCCACACUGGACGGCUUGCUGCCCCCUUUCGGGGCUCCUCCUGUCUCCACCUUGAAGCGCUGGACUUUGAGGGGCAUGAGAAACCUCCCUUCCGGGAGUUAACCCCUUAUUCCUGAGGCCAGAGCAGCCCUAACCCAGACAGGGUCCCGCUCCAGCAGCGGGAGUGCUUUUACAGCUGGACACUGGCGGGAAGGGGGCUGUGGGCUCGCGAGUGGCCUCCAGGAUGAGAGGCGGUGCCGGUGGUGCACGUGGGCGGCCUGCGGGUGACCCCCAGGUGAGCGCCGGGGUGCGGCCACCCCCGCCCACCCCGAUACCCGGGUCGGACAGCCCCUGGCCUCCCCCAGCCCCGUGUGCCUCCACAGCGGCCCCUGUUGGCCUCUCCUAGCGCAUGCUCCCUGCUUCGGCCCCAAACCUUGUCCUUGCGGUCAUUACCACCGCUGAGUAAGCUCCUACCCAGUGCCCAGGCCUGACUGUCUUCGGUAGGGUAAAUAUGAGGACCUGGGACACUGAGGCUGCAUGGUGACCACCCUUGCCCAGGUCGCAGUCACUGCAUCUGCUGGGCUGUCUCCCAGGCCUGCUCUUCCCCUGCUCAGCCACUGGGCACGGCCUCCUCCAACACUGCCCCCUCCAACACCGCCCCUGGGGGGAUUUCCAGCCACAUCACUUUUUUUUGGCUCUGUGACCUGGGUCAAGUCCAUUCCCUUUGUGUGCCUCGGUUUUUUCAUCUGUAAAAUGGGCAUUGUGAGCAUUGGCAGGUAGUAUUCCUGGGCUGGUGAGGGGAGAGAGCCUUGCCCCAAGGACACCAGAGCCCAGCUUACUCUGGGGCCAGGUAGGGCACACCUGAUCGCCAGCAUCAAGUGCCAAAUAGCUGCCACCAAGGGUCCCCAGAAUGAGAGUUGUUAGCAUAAGGAUGUUGGAUUUGAAUGCAGGGCUGCCCUGCCCCGGGCUCUGAGGGUUAAUUACAGUACCUUCCACUGUACAACUCCCCUGGGAGGGCCCAGCCUUCACUGUGCUGCGGUUCCAGUUUCCACGUGGGAAAACGGGUCCCCAGUGGCAGUGCCCUGUCCCUGCCCCACAACGCAGCAGGGCCUCCCACUGCAGUGGGCAGAGUGGAGGCCUCCUGGAGGUCUCAGAGGCAUGUAGCAGGUGGGACUGUCAGAAGAUUGGGGCGCAAGCUGGUCUCCCAGGUCAAAGUGGCCAUGGGGGCUGGGAGAGAGGUGCAUGUGGCCACUAGCAGACACAGUGACCCCUCCACAUGACAUUUCAGAAUGAGUCCCCCCAGAGAUUCAUCCAUCUCAGCAGAGCAUGCAAACCUGCCACGUGCCACAUACCUGCCACGUGACCUUGGCCAAGUCCCUUCCCUCGGAACCUUGGCGCUCCCUGUGAACGGGCUAACCCUCCCGCCUUGUGGGGCCGUUGGAGGCUCAGAUGACGUCAUGGGAGGGCUGGCCAACUGCAGAGCGCUUCAUAACUUCAGCAAACAUUCCACGAGGACUUCUCGGUGCCGGGGGUGCCAGGGAAAGGAUGAUUCAGAGCCCCCCCCCCAGGGGGAGGAGUUAGGUUUGGGGGGAGGAUCAGUUGGUGGGAAGGGAAGAGAAUGUAGUCAGAAAACAAAGCAAGCUUUGUCUUAUUGCUUUCUUUGUUUUUAUCUUGUUAUUUAACCUAUUUUGAAUUUCAAAUAACGCUCAAAGGGCAGUACAAAGAUUUUUAUCCUUGGAGGUGGCAGCAGAGUUGUAGAAAAAAGCCUUGACUCAGAUCUAGGUGUUUUCGCUAAGGAUCUUUAUCAGCUUUCGUCACCUGAGGUCCCAGGCCCGGUGGAGGUCUCCACCCCCGGGCGGAAGAGGGUCUGUCCAUGUCUGAGACACGCCUCCUGCCUUCUCUGUCCUCGGACUGAGCUCUCUGUCCUUGGACAGAACGUCUGCAGCUGCUGCCGCGGGGCCAGGAGCUCAGCCUCAGGGAGAGAAAAGCCAUGGACCCCCCACAGCCUCAGCAUUUGGGGGCCGCACCUUAGCAGAGCAGAGGGGCAGCCUCCGUCCGCCCCGUUCCAGGGAAGGAGGGAGCUGAGAAGUGGACCCUGAGCCCAGCGCUCUGCCCCGCCCAGGCCCCGGGUGGGCAUGGACCCGCAGCCGUGAACAGCCAGAGCUGAUGCCGGGCCCCCAGGGGGCCGGAGGAGCCCCCAUCAUGAGCCUUGGCAAGCUCUCACCAGUGGGCUGGGUGUCCAGCUCGCAGGGGAAGAGGCGGCUGACUGCAGACAUGAUCAGCCCCCCGCUUGGGGACUUCCGCCACACCAUGCACGUGGGCCGCGGCGGGGAUGUCUUUGGCGACACCUCCUUCCUCAGCAACCACGGUGGCAGUUCCAGGGGCAACCACCGCUCACCCCGCAGCUUUCUGGCCAAGAAGCUGCAGCAGGUGCGCAGGGUGGGGGCGCCACCCCGGCGGAUGGCUUCGCCACCCGCGCCCUCGCCCGCGCCGCCCGCCGUCUCCCCCAUCAUCAAGAAUGCCAUCUCCCUGCCCCAGCUCAACCAGGCCGCCUACGACAGCCUCGUGGUGGGCAAGCUCAGCUUCGACCGCAGCCCUGCCAGCUCCACGGACGGCUGCUCCGGUUACGGCCCGGACUCUGGGUUUUGCACCAUCUCCCGCCUGUCUCGCUCGGAGAAGCCUCGUGACCGAGACCAUGAGAGCUCCUUCCCCCCUGAGCCCGAGCUUCGCCGCUCUGACUCCCUCUUGUCCUUUCGCCUGGACCUCGACCUCGGGCCCUCUCUCCUCAGCGAGCUGCUGGGGGCCAUGAGCCUCUCUGACGCCUCUGCAGCAGAGGCCCCAGCCCCAGCCCCAGCCCUUGCCACAAAUCCAUCAGCCACUGCUACAAGCCCCCUGGCCCCUGCCACAGGCCCCCCAGCCCCUGCCACAAGCCCCCCACCCCGUGGACACUGCCCCAAUGGGGUAACCACUGGGUUGGGCCCGCUGGCUGAGGGGAGGGCCAGCCCGGUAGGAGAACGUCCCCUCCCACCUGCUGACAUGGCUCCCGGCAGGCAGUGGGGAGCAGGCUGGGGGGGCAGCCACCACUACACUGCGACGGAUGCUAGGCAGGAGCUGGUGGGGGUGCUGCCCCAGACUCGGGCCUCUUGGGAGAGCACGGAUGACGAGUGGGGAGCCCCCCGGGCAGGCAGCAGGGCCCCCGUGCCCAGCACAGUGCAAGCAAACACCUUCGAGUUUGCCGAUGCUGAGGAGGACGACGAAGUCAAGGUGUGAGUGGCCAGCCAUGGGCUCAGGACGCUGCCCAGCCUCGGGGCACAGCCCGCGAAGAGCCCAGGUGCAUAGCCAGUGCCUCACCUGAUGGCUGGGUCCUGCCGACGACAUGGGAAAACCCAAGUCGCCUCCAAACCCCUCCGCACCUCUGCAGGACAGGCACAGGAGGGAGGCCGGAGGAGACCAGGCUUGUUCGGGGACCUGGGUGUUCCCAUGGACCUCGCCAGGCUGCCCCGCCUCCCCCCACUGCCCCUCUGGACCCAGUGGCCAUUCCGUAGGCCCACCUCCUACCCUGUGCCACCCCCACCAGCUGGAGGGCGCAACCUCACAGAGCAGCCUUUGUGCUGGGGAAGCUGUCCUUGCUGGGGGGCGGGGGGGCCUGACACACAGGGCCUUUGUCUCCCGCCUGCCCCAGUCCAUCCCGGAGCUGCCCCCAGCAGGGUCCCCGCUGCAUCCCUGAGAGCCCCAGCCCUCCCUAAGCCUGCUUCCCCAACAUCCCAGCCCCCACUGGUCCCAGAAGCCUCAGAGAAAAGUCAGGGGGACCUCACACGAGAGGAACCCCACCUUCCUGUGCACCCCGGACCUGCAUCCUGGCCCUGAUUAAAAAGGCUUUUUUGAUAAAA